AUGGGCUGCAAUCCCUCAAGGCCUUCGGACAGUUCACAACUGGACCUGGGCCAUGGCCCAUCCAUCCACUAUCCGCUCAACAUGACCCAUCCGCCCCGCUACUCCUUCAAUGAACACAACGAAGCGUGUCGUGUGCUGCGACUAUGGGAAGCUCGAGGCGGAAAGUCUCGCAGCUUUACGUAUGUUGUUUAUGUCAUCAACAACAACCUGCUCGACAAGUCGCAAGCGCUGGCCCAGGCGAGAGUACUGGGCCACAUGCAACAGCUAGCGUCCAUUCAUGGACUUGGAGUUUUGGUCAAAUGUCUCGAUUAUUUGUCCGACAACGACGAUGAUCCGGAUGUUGCAGAGGAAAAAGAACUGUAUUUGGACAUGCUAGCGGCCACAUCUAAAGCAGACGUCAUCCGUAGGUGGGACGAACGACCGGCGCCAGCCGCUCACCAAGGCUUCGAAGAGACCACAACCGCCGAGCAGCGGAUAAGCGCCGUCAUUGAUAAGGUCCGAUGGAACAGGGAUAUAGGCGAUGUGGAUUUCAAAAUCCAGAUCGAGCCCGAGGUUGUUGCCGGUCUUUCCCGCUUUGCGAAAAGCUGGAAGUUAGGCGAGUUCGUGGAGUCACACGAUCAGAUCAUGAGCGAGUCCCCGACCGUAGUUGCCGCAGGCAUAUCGAAGUUGCAGGCCCAGUUCAUUCUGCAAGCCCAAGUUGCGCAGGCGAGUCUGACCAGCGACAACGGAGCGACGCCGACUGUCGCCAUCAGUUUUCUGCCUGACGAGAUUCCCAACGUCACGCUCAUCAACAUAAAAAAGCAGCUAAAGUCGGUCUUCGUUCCGCUGGCGAAACGCGUGAAAGAGUCCGAAAAGUCCCUGCGUCAAGACCUUUAUACUAUGCAGCUAGUCUCUCUCGGGUCCACCUAUAGCAAGGGCGGCCAGCAGUGGAAAGAACUGGAUGACCUCGGGCAGGCCGGCAUGGAUAUUAUCGACCAUCUGCACCUGGACUCAGGCCAGAUGCUACUACGCGGCCCGGGUCCGCUGCUCGGCCCAAAGCUGUUGCUAGGAUCCGUGGACCCCGUCAUUGACCGAGGUAGAGCAAAGGGAGGGCGGGAGGCCGACCUGUAUGGCUCAGGAGGUUCUCAAGUGAUGCGCGAAGAUAUGGAAGCUUGCGUUUGCCAGAAGCCGGGCAUUGCACCUGGCCCUGAGUAUGUCCAGCUGAGCCAAGAUGGCUAA